UUCAUAAACAAAUAUCUGCUAAACCAUCCAAUCAUGUGUCUUUCAAUCUACACAAUUCUCAAGAAGCUACGGCUGAACAUGAUUUAAGUAGUCUACUUAGAGAACUUGAAGUGGUUGAAGAGAAAAUGAAAGAAUUAGAACAGGAAAAUAAUCAGUUCACUCGACGUUACAGUUUAGCUUCAUCCUCCAAUGGAAAACAUCCGACAUGUCCUGUUUCUGAAAAGUCUACAGUAGAAACUUCAAACUCACCAGUAAUGGUUAAUGAUCCACCUGCAAUUUCUUUACCGGUUCCUGAGAGAAAAGAAAAUUCAAAUAAAACUAAUGGUUUUAUUUGUGCCGAAUGGGCAGCUAAUUUAAAUCAUGAUGAAUAUGAUCAUACUACUACUACUAAUAAUAAUAAUACUAAUACUAAUAAUAACAGUAGAUUUUUAAAAAAAGAUUCUUCACCUUCACCACCUCCUCCACCGCCUGCAUUUCUUGGAGCUGGUGAUGCAUGUGCAAGUCCUACUAAUUCUCCAACUAGUUUUUCAUAUUCCCCAAAUUCACGUCUAACGCAACAAUCACAUGGUGUUAUUUCACAAAUAACAACACAACAAUCACCACAACGAAAUCUACCUAGAAAUGAUGGAUCAUGGUCAGGAAUGAAUGUAAACAAUCUGAUGAAUGGAACAAAACCACAUCAUUUAAAUUCAUUUGAUGGUGGUUUAAAUGACAAGGAUAAAGAAACGAUUCAGUCACAGAGAACAUGCCAUCUACCAGUUUAUAAUUCUCAGUCAUAUCAAAAUUUCGAUACACAAAAACAACUUAUUAAUGAACUUAGAGGAUUAUAUCGAAACUCAAGUACAAAAACGCAACCAAAAUAUUCUUUACAACCGAAUAUUGGAAAACAAAUACACUAUCCAGAUACUUCUCCUAGUUCAUCUCCUCCACCAAAUUACCGGGCAAAUUCAAACUCCUACAUCCCUACACCGAUAUCUGAUCAACAUGAAAUCAAUAAGACCAAUAAUAAUAAUAACAAUUCAUACGUUUGCUCUCAGCGUUCGGAUGUUUACCGUUCAUAUGGAUCUUUAACAACUAACCAGGGCACAAAUAAUUCCGACCCAGGAAUAAUGCAAGAUCAUGAUUGUGAAGAAAAUAUUACAGUCGAUGGAACUGGCUGUUGGACACCAGACCAAGUUUUUACACGACGUGAUUGCCUUAAAGCGAAUUCAUUGGCUGCAAGGGGUGGUAGUGAUGGAUUGUCAAAUUCAAUGAGUCCAGAAAGUUCAUUAUCAGAUAAAUCAGGUUCAGAAGCUAAUGAACUAAACCGUCUUCAAAUGUCAGACAGUUCUGAAGGCAAUCAAGCUAACAAAUUGGUAGUACGUGUAUUUCGUCCUGAUAAAACAACUAAAGCAAUAUUAAUUGAACAUCAAAUGACCGCUGGUGAAGUGGCUAAUAUGAUGAUUGAAAAGAAUUUCUUACAACCUACAGUGCAUUUAGCUUUGGUGGAAAAAGUUCCAGCUUUAAAAAUAGAACGAGUUUUUGAAGAGCAUGAUAUUGUGUCGGAUUGUAUUUUGGCUUGGCCAACAAAAAGUCAAAAUAUGAUCUUUUUCGAAGAACGAUUGGAUCACUUUGGUCUGGUUGAAUCGCCUGAUUAUUGGAUUGGUGAAGAGACCACUACAAAACAAGCUUUUCGUAGUGCAGAGGCUAUUCAGACUAUGUUGAACAAUAUAGAUACGAGCGGUUUUCCGGAAUGGCGGGAUUACUUGUUUAUACGUAAACCUGGUGAUAAGUCAUGGUCACGUCGUCUAUGUGUUUUAAGAAGUUCCGGUUUAUACAUUUCAAACAAGAAUAAGAAGUCCUUCUCAUCUACAGAUCUGAUUCGUAUCCUAGUCCUGGAUGGAACUUUAAAACUUUAUACAACUACUGGAGGUUGGUCACGGAUGCGUGCACCUACACCACACGGUUUUGCUUUUAAGCCUUAUUCUGCACAAGAUCCUUCAUCUACACAUGUGUUUUGCUUUUGUGCAACGGAUGAGAAAGCAUUACGUCAUUGGAUUAGUCGAUUGCGUAUUGCUAAAUACGGAAGACAACUACUAACCGAUUAUCACAUGGCACUUAGUCGAGUUCACCAACUGAUUAGUCUACGCAAUCAACUAAGUAUUAACUCCCAACGAUCAAGUAAUAAUAUGAUCAAUUUGAAUUUACAGCCGAAAUCAUCGUUUGAUUAUCUUUCACAAUCGUCAUCAUCAAUACAUGCUCCAACAGCCAGUUCUACACGAAGUCUUCUAACCGCUAGUUCUUCUCCAUCCGUUUUCCCACGAGGUGAUCCACGCCACUCAGAAAAUCAACAUCAACAGCAAUAUUCAUGUAGCAGACAAUCACUACAUCCAAAUUUCACGUCAUCUUAUUCACCACGUCCUGUGUCCCCGUUAAGUAUGAGAGCAAGAGCAAUAUCGAAUUCUGAGCAUCCUUGCCUUAUAAACUUUCAUAAUUCUUCAGGACAAUUAAAAAAUCAAGACAAAUUUCCUUCAAGUAUACAUCAUCAAUCAGAUAGAUAUAAAUGAUUGACAUAUUUCAGUUGUUCUAUCAGUUAAGUUUUGCAAGAUUUUUAGAUUUAAACAAUCACAGAACCGUAACAUCAGAUGCAUAAUUUAAAUAGAAGUCAUAUUUUUCAACUGAAACCAGAAAAUCGAACACAAAUAGUCCUUUAAAAAAAAAUCCUUUUGUAUUGGCUAUAAAAUAGUCAGCAUGAACAAAUUUCUACUUUUCUUUACGAGAUUCUUUCUUCCAUUAUUUGUUCAUAAAUUGUUUUACAAAUAUGAUCAUUCUUGUUUGCUACCAAUAAUGAUAAUUAUCCAGACGAACAUUUAAACAAAUUUCAGUACUAGAGUAUUCUUUUUGAGAUGUAAGAGAACUCGACAUAUUUCUAUCCUAUUAUACAUGAUAUUGGUCCUUUCUUUCUAUACAUACGCAAAUUCCCUGGUCAAUAACAGUAUUAUAAUUAUUUGAUUACUGCAUAUUUACUCCUGGUGAGAGAAUCUAACUGAAACUAUGGAAGCCUCGGGUAUUUUCUAUCUCAUAUAUAUAUAUAUACAUAUAUUCUUACAUAAAUUGGACAAAACACGAAAAAUUGGCGCCGAUUUGUUUAAACUACUUUUUUCCUACUGGAAUACGAGUUGACCUUUCAAUUAUAGAUAUUUUCUCUCAUUCUGGAUUACUACCAGAUUGUAAUACUGUAUCAUCAGUUUGCAUAUAUAUAUAUAUAUAUAUAUAUAUAUAUAUAUAUAUAUAUAUAUAUAUUUCUUUUUAACUUUACUGAUUACUGCUGAGAUGUGAUUUCAGCUGUAUAUUUAAAAUCCAAUGAUAAUUAACUAAUAUUAAUAGUGUUUCAUUUGGGAAAGGGACAAUUAUUUGAUUAUAAACAUGUAAAAACUUAAUAUUUCACCAAAGUGUACAACAUAAAUCAAUCAAAAAUGAUAUUGUGAUUCAUAUUACUAUGAUUGUUAUUAUUGCCUCUAUUUCUUUCCAUCAGGUUCAUUAUUAAUUCACAGAUAUAUAAAGUGAAUAAAUGUAAUUCACAAAGAGUAAGACUGAUCAGCUUUUUUUUUUCAACAAACAAACCAUCUUUCUCAUCUAAACAUUGUCUAUUUAGCUUUCUUUUUUGUUAUGUACAGCCUCAUUAUUCAAAAAUGAACACAAACAAAUAAAUUAAUUUUCUAAUAAGAA